UGUGGAAAGGAACGAAAGGCGCUUGCGCGGAGAGGCCUAAAACCAGGCAGGAGAGCGGGGAGGAGGAGCGGCGGUAUCGCUUUCGUCUCCUUCUUUCCUCCCUCCUCCCUGCUCAGCGGCGCUAGGGAAAGAGAAAGUAGGACGGGGGUCCCCGUUGGGCUGGGCGCUUUCGGGGGCUGCGCUUGGAAGGGCUGGAGCCGCGGCCGGGAGGGAGGGAUCUGAGAAGGAGCUGUUGCUUUCGCCGACGCCGCCUCGGUGAAGCGCCUUCUGUGUUGACGCCCGGGACGAGUCCAUUGGUUACAAAAUGGCGGACGGGGAGCUGAAUGUGGACAGUCUUAUCACCAGGCUUCUAGAAGUGCGAGGAUGUCGCCCUGGAAAGAUCGUGCAGAUGACAGAAGCUGAAGUUCGCGGUUUGUGUAUAAAAUCACGAGAAAUUUUUCUUAGCCAGCCCAUUCUCUUGGAGCUAGAGGCACCACUGAAGAUCUGUGGUGACAUUCAUGGCCAGUAUACAGAUUUACUUCGAUUAUUUGAAUAUGGAGGAUUUCCACCAGAAGCCAACUAUCUUUUUCUGGGAGAUUAUGUGGACAGAGGCAAACAAUCCUUGGAAACUAUCUGCUUGUUACUUGCGUAUAAAAUAAAAUAUCCUGAGAAUUUUUUUCUCUUGAGAGGAAAUCAUGAGUGUGCUAGUAUAAAUCGCAUCUACGGAUUCUAUGAUGAAUGUAAACGAAGAUUUAAUAUCAAACUCUGGAAGACAUUUACAGACUGCUUUAAUUGUUUGCCUAUUGCAGCGAUAGUAGAUGAAAAGAUUUUCUGCUGCCACGGAGGAUUGUCACCAGAUCUGCAGUCAAUGGAACAGAUCCGAAGAAUUAUGAGACCCACAGAUGUUCCUGACACAGGCUUGCUCUGUGAUCUGUUGUGGUCCGAUCCUGACAAGGAUGUGCAAGGCUGGGGUGAAAAUGACCGUGGAGUUUCCUUUACUUUUGGAGCUGAUGUGGUCAGCAAAUUCUUGAACAGACAUGAUUUGGAUUUGAUUUGUCGAGCUCAUCAGGUGGUUGAAGAUGGCUAUGAAUUCUUUGCUAAACGACAGCUGGUUACUCUAUUUUCUGCUCCUAAUUACUGUGGAGAGUUUGACAAUGCUGGUGGCAUGAUGAGUGUGGAUGAAACUUUAAUGUGCUCUUUUCAGAUUCUGAAACCUUCUGAAAAGAAAGCGAAGUACCAGUAUGGUGGCCUAAACUCUGGACGUCCAGUCACUCCACCUCGCACAGCUAAUCCACCGAAGAAGAGGUGAAGAAAGGAAUACAGUAGAAAAUCAUCAGAUCUGUAAAGGACAAAACACCAUAUAUACAGUAUAUAAUAAGUGUGCACUGUAAAACCAUCCAGCCAUUUGACAACCUUUAUGAUGUCACAUCUUUAACUUAAAGAGACGGGUAAAGGAUCCUUAAUAUUUUCUAGUUGACAGAUGUGCAACACUGUAUUGUAAUAAGUAUACACCAAGUUCCAGUAAUCAACAUAAAGUAAAUCAGAUCUAAACAAAUUAUUUUGGUUGCAUACAUGUCAGUUUUAAAGUUGACCAACAUCCCAAUUUAAGCUUAAUGUAAUAGUUAAAUCAGAUGAGAGCAUGAUGUUUCAUUUGUGUAAUGUGGUCUUACUGUUGCUUGAUUGCUUUUAUUUCUAUUUUGUAGCUAGAAUGAUGGCAAGGUAUCUUAGUAAUGUUCCCUGGCUAAAAAUGAACUGUGGAAGAGAUUUGAAUAGCCAGCUGUUGGUGUUCUUUCUCUUCCAGUAAUCUUGCUGACUAAGUAUUUGCCCCUCUUAAUAGGAGUCUGGUGAUUAAAGACAAACCAAGCUCAAGCUAGUUCCUACAGUAAUGUUCCUUUUCCAAAGAGACUAGAAAUCAGUGUUUUUUCAUGAAACAAAACUUGUUACUUAGUCUGCCACUUCGUGCACUGCACCAUUUUAAACUAACAUUAUACUCACAAGAACACUUCAUUCAACUAAAAUAGGUCAAAAGUUGUAUUUCUUCUUUGUUGGUCAUGGAAUAUCUUGCAUUAGAUUUUAUUAGCAUGAAACAUUUUUCAGCAUGCUUAGUUUCUUGAUAAUGCCAUUCUUGCAUUAAAGUGCAUUCUGCAUUUCUCAGAAGACGUGAAGAUUCUUCUCUGACAGGCCUUAGAAGUGCUAUUUCCUUUUCUUCCCUGCCAACACUCCAGGAGGGUUUAUUUAAAUGUAUAUUGAUAAGUAAGCAGUAUGGUAACUAAGGCUAAUGGUGGUUGAACUGCCUAAUAUAUCUACAUGAUUGUAAGGCUUAUGUCACAAAGAAUGAUAUCUUCUGGAUUUUCAUGAUCAAAAUUCAUAUUCAUGUAGAGAUUUCUGCUUUGUAGUGUACGUAUAGUAGCAAUAAUUUCUGUACAUGAUCAAGAGUUGAUGCAGUAUUUCUUUUCCUGCUUUCCUUUUUUAAGGAUUCAUAUUAAUGAUAAGUGUAAGGUCAUGUGUAAAGUUUGUAAGAUAAUAAAAAUUGAAAGACAAAGAUUUCAUUGAAUAGGAUUACAAACUUUUACUGGACACUGACAAACUUGCAAGAUUUAAGAGAUAAGGUUACAAUUUGUACCAUUCUGUGUGCAACAAUAAAUGUAAAACUUUAAUUUUGCGUUUGCAAACAUUACACUGAGGAUUUGAAACUUGCAUUUUAUAAAUCGCACGUAUUAUGCAAGUAAUUUCUGCUAAGUGAAGUUCUUUAAAUUUAAGCCUCAUUUCUAAUUCCAUUUUGUUUUAAACAUUAAAUGUUUUUUUUUUCAUUUAGUAAAGUUGUUUAAUUCAUUUGAAGUCUGACUGUUUAUUUCAAUCCUUUAAAAAAAAUUCUUUAGCUCUUAAUGACAUGCAUUAAUUGCUAUGUGGGUAAAAGGUUGAUACUAAUGCUAAUAUAAACAUUCAAUAAGGGUAUUUAAAAACUGUUAUUUUCCUGUUUUAAAAUCACAGAACUAGGUAAUAAGAAUGGUGCAGUGCCAAGUAACUGAACAAAUGUCACUUCCAGAACAAUGACUGAUUUUCAGUUACAGUUAUCCAGCACAGUGAUAAAAAGUUCUCAUCUGACUGCAGAAAUGUGAACUUGAGUCAUUAACUGGAUGACAAAUUCAUGCCAAUAACAACAUUAGGAAUUGAGAAAAUGGAAACAAAGCUUAGCUUGCUGGUCAAACAAUGAUCCUUUUUUUUUUACAGGUGAACUCUUAUUUAAUGUUUUAGAACAUUAAUUUGUACAGUUGAGUUUAACUUUGUUUUAAAAAAAAUGCUGUUACAUAACUGCCCAUUUAAGCAUGGAAAACCUUAUUGAAAGAUGGUAACUUUUUACUUAUCAGUACCCUGUAACUGAUAUCUCCCUUGUCAUUUCUUAACAUCUGGUAACAGUACGAUUCUAGUUAUCUUUGCAACAAAUAAUAUAAUCACUAAAAUCACCACUUACCAUCUUUUUCUUACAAACAUUAUUUCUGAAAGAAUUUAUUGCAAGCAUUUAAGGCAGAUCAUGUUCAGUCCUUAGAACUGGUCAAUGAAUAUGAAAUCCCCAUUGAUAUAUGAGCUUUGGCAUACCAUAAGUUUACUUUGAAGAUCAGUAAUGUGUCAUUUGCAGUUCCUUAAAAAAUAUUUUGGCCAUGGGUGCAUAUCCUUUCUGUAUAACCAGAAUGGAAGCUGUAAUGUAUUAAGCAUGAUUUUAAACAUUAUUUUAUUGUCUUGUCUUCCCACGUCUUUUCAUUCACUGCUUGCAUAAAAGGAACACAGUUCCUUUUUCUGCAAUCUUUCUGUAAAGUUGGUGUCACUUUCUAGUAGCAUUUUUCCACAGUUUUAUUUCUAAGCUUCUACUUAAUUGUGUGGCGUUUUCUUUCCUGCCAUUGUUCCAUCAAACUGUCAUAUAAGCAAUUUGCUUAAAGACAAUCUUGUGCAAUGUGGAUGGACUGCUAGAAGAUUUCGAUAUGAAAGUAGUUCACAGGAUAGUUUUUGAACAAAUGUAUAAAAGACUUUUUUCCACGUGUGAAUGGACAUUGUUUAAAACCCAUCUUGUGGAUGCAAAAUAUCAUAUCCAAGCUGGUUGUGUCCUGCCAACUUGGAGGAAUAUUGAGUUUUAGGAAUAAAUACAACUAAACCUCUUGA